AUGACUGAGCUCAUGUUGCACGGCAGCCACGACGUGGCGUUUUGUGAGCAGACGAGACGCAAAAAAACGUGCUCCGGGCUCACCUCGACGUGGACAGAGGUCGAGACGCGUUUCUGCUUGACUCGAUCGAGCCCUGGCCACCUGAUUGGCAGAUCAAGGGGACUGUGGCGUGUGUGUGCUAAGCCACCGACGGAGCACGCUGGUAGCGCAAGUACUUUGGGGUGCACUGGGCGAGCGAAGCAGAGACACCCGGGCCAGUCGACCAAUCGGGCCAGGCCUCCAGUUGGGCUGAGUCACCCCGAGGGGAAUGGCACUCGGCUGGGCUGCCGUCUGAACGGCGUUAAAUCUCGGCCCUUGCCUCUCAGGCCCCACCGUUUGAAUGCCUCUAGUCCCCCUACUGACAGCCUACUUAUAUCACACUGGUGA